AUGGCCACGGCACCACCACCACCACCACCACCACGAACCCGCGACAGCCAAACCAUUCUCCUCCCCGACGGCCGCACGCUGGGAUUCGCCGAGUACGGCACCGGCUCCGGCACACCCAUAAUAUACCUGCACGGCUACCCAACCUCGCGCCUCGAAGCGUACGCGCUGGACGCGCUCGCGCGCCGCCGCCGCCUGCGCCUGCUAGCCCUCGACCGCCCGGGCUUCGGGCUGUCGUCGCCGCAGCCGGGCCGCCGCAUCGCCGACUGGCCCGCCGACGUCGCCGCGUUCGCAAACCAACAGCGUCUAGCGCGCUUCGCUGUGCUUGGCGUGUCCGGCGGCGGGCCGUAUGCCCUCGCGUGCGCGGCCGCGGCGCCCUUGCGCGGCGUGCUCGCUGGUGUGGGGCUGCUGGCGUCGGCGCCGCCGCCGGACAGGGAGACUUGGGGGCAGCUGCCACGAGUCACGCGGCUCGGGUAUGCUGCUGCGCGGUACUUUCCGGCAUUAACGCGGGUUUUGUUGAGUGGGUUGAUUGGGUUGACGAGGUGGGCUGUUGCGACGGGACCGGUAGCGAGGUGGAUUGAUGCGUUGCUGGACCAGGCGACGCAGCAGCGGCGGGAGAAGGAGUUCGAGGAGCAGAGGCACAAGGCAGAAACAGAAGGUCGGCCACUGCUAGCAGCAGAAAAUGCCGAGGUUGAUGACGACGCAACGCGGCCAACCGCCGAGCGGCGCGCGGCGCUGGUGCGCAUGGCGUUUGACGGCUUCGCGCAGGGCUCCGGCGCCGCCGUGCAGGAGGCGCGCCUGCUGAACGAGGACUGGGGGAUUUCUCUCCAAGACGUCGACCACCGCCCGCUCUACAUCUGGCAUGGCGCUGAUGAUGCGCGCGCGCCUGUGCAGCUCGUCCGCGGCCUCGCGCGCCGCCUGCCGACUGCGACGCUGGUUGAGUUUCCUGGGGCCGGCCACGUCGCGGUUGGCCAUUAUUUUGACCGGGUCCUGGCGGAGCUGGUGCCUUCUGGCGGGGAGGGUAAUUUCCAGGACGGUGUGAAGGGCGCGUAG